AUGAGCCAUGCAACAAAUCUAUCCAAAAAUAAUACUGAAAUUAAUUUCAGUAUUAAAAUAGUCACAUCAAACAGCUUCGAUUUAAAAGAUGGAUCUUUUGCAUUUAAUUUGCCUAGAGAAGUGACGCUUGAAGAAAUUCGGGACAAUCUCAUGAGAAGAAAGGAUGCACUUCAUAUGGGUUCAAAUUGUUAUUUUUUAGAUAAAAAUUAUAAUCGAAUUUCUCCUAACGAUGAGUCAAACACUAAAUUAUGUGAGAUAUUGAAACUCCUUAAUAAUGAAACUAUUUUGUAUAUAAUCCAAACAACAGAGUAUGAUUGGACUCAACUAAUCAUGAAAUGUGAAUAUGGGUUUACAUUUGACGAAGACAAUAAGUUCAUUAAAGAUGCCACUAAAUCUGCAUUUAAGAUCAACGUAAACGAAAUUCAAAAAUUAGAUUUGGUAAAUAAAUAUUUUGAAGAGGAAAAGGAAUGCAAUCAUAAACUUGAAGCUUUUUGUGAAAGAAAUCUCAUAUCAGGUGGAAGUUUUUCGGCAAAAUCACUUUGGCUUUCCAUAUCUCUUGGAUUAUCACAAGAAUAUUCUAAACAAAUGCUUAGUAAUCGUGAAGAAUUUACUAAAUAUUCUCAUCAAAAAUGGAAAAAGGCAAUAGUUAUCCUUCAAAAAUCAUGCAUUUCACUAACUGAAAAGUUUAUUAAUGCUGUUAAAGACGCAUUGGCUAUGAGCACUGAACCAAAAAGCUCGAAAGCCUUCAAGAAAUAUCAAAAAAAAUAUGGCCAAUUCUAUGCGCGCAGCUUUGCGUUCGGAGGCGCAAUAGUUAAGGAAAAAACAUAUACCAGUAACUCAAGUAGGUAUCAUGAUGAACAAUCUCAUGUUAAGCAUUAA